CCAAUGAGCUAUUCAUUUAGUUUGUCUAAAUUGAAUUUUCUUCUGGCUGUCAGGAAAAUUCCUCUUCGUUACAAAUUUCAGCCGAACUGGUGUCAGAAUGUUUCUAGAGCACUUAUCCUGAAACGUAGCCAGUUCAUUCCCCAAUCCAUAUCACUUCUAUUUACUUUUCCUUCCAUCUUCUCUUAUAAAAAAGCUAAUUCAAUUAACUCAAGUCUUUCUGUGAUUGAGCAAGUGGACUCGGCAUUGCGAGCUGGUAGCUAUGAUAAAGCAGUCAGUGAUUUACGGGAAUUGCUGAAGGAUGAUGCUGCUAAUUUCGAGCUAGUGUGGAGACUGUCCUAUGCCUGUUGGUGCAAUGCAAGAGACAAAACACUGAAAUCGCCAGAACAGUUGAAUUUAUUCGAAGAGGCUCUAAUCUAUGCCCAGAAGGCAUACGAAAUGAAUCCAAAUCACGCAGCAGCUCAUAAGAUGAUGGGAAUUGCAUUGACUGAGGCGAACCUUGGCAAAAGAGAGAAGCUGGCAAACUCCAACAGAGUUUACAACCAUCUGAAGACAGCCUGUGAACUGAACCCAGAUGACCCCGAGGCACACUACUUCUACGGUUCUGUCUGUUUCGUGGCCUGUGUGAUUCCAUCCACUGUGAAAUCCAUCGCAGGGUUGUUUGUCUCCCUUCCCAAAUCCUCCUUCGAAGAGGCACUCCUCCACUUCUCAUCUGCAGAGAAUCUGAAGCCGAACUUCAUGUGUCGCAACCAGUUUGCGAUGGCCAAGACAUACGAGAUGCUAGGACAGUUCAAAGAAGCGCAUUAUUGGAUGGAAAAGGCGAGUCGCUUUGAAGCUCACACUGUGAAAGACAAGAAGGAUCGAAAUGACGCAAUUGAAACAUUGAAUAAGUGGAAGACAAACAAAAACUUCAAACUUUUUUUCCUCUGAACAGAUAUUAUACCUUAUGAUUUUGAAAUACGUCAUUCUGAACAAUCAAGUUCAGUUAUUUGAAAUUCAAAUUCAACAAGCUGUCAAUAAGAAUUAACGGACGUUCAAAUUCAACACAAGACAUUCAAAUACAGCUAAGGCAAUAUUCAAACGCAGCGCAAAAACAAAACAAAAAUGAUUGUUCCAA